UUGGGUUCGCGAUUUUGUCGUGUAUGUUGUUUUUGAGGUCAAGGACUGACACGAGAAUUGGCUAGAUGUAAAAUAGGUCUGGAAAUUCAUUUUCAAAAUGUCUUUGAAGGCGUACGAAGAUGCUUGCACCAGGGCUGAGCUGUUCGGCCAGCCUAAGCCAGACAAAGAAGAUUUUUUGGAGAGAAACAAACAUUUGGACGUGGUGGAAUUUGAGGAAGUGGAGAUCAACAAGACUGCAGAGAACACAGCAAUGCUAGGCGAGAAUAUAAACCAAGCCAGUUCGGGUCUACACGAGCUGAACACUAUCCUAACUUCUACCCAAACCAAAUUGAAUAGACUCAAGGGCGUUUGCGGCAGCCUGACAAACUUCUUCCGAGUAAAGCUGACAGCUCGAGACAACCUGUCCUACUCUAGCGAACCGAGCUACAUCGGCCAAACGAACUACGACAAAGACUACAUCCCCCCCUCCCAGAAUUCCUCCAUAAACCAGGGUCUGGGCCCUGGAGACAAUGAAAUGACGUCACGCCACAACGAUGGCGUCACUUCUCCAAAAAUCGGGGAUAUUAACUCCGCGCUAGAUGACUUGAAGAUUAUGGAGCAGAAUGAAGAGACGACUCUGCUGAGCAAAGGAGUCAAGGAUAUAGGUAAGCAAAUCACUUCGCAGACCAGCAAGUUGGAUGAGAUGUUAGCACACGCUGACCGAGCCCAAUCAUCGCUGGACCGCCAAAACAAGCAGAUGCGAAAAUUUGUCCGAUAGGAUUUUGCUCAAAUGGCUUAGGCUUUUGGAUGUGAAUGCGCGUGGAAAUUUGACAAUAUUUAUGAUACUGAUUCAAAAUAGCUUUCAUGUGUGUAGGCAAACACUUUUAAUAGAUUAUUUUAUUUCAUAUUUUACUGAA